UAUGUGAGGAGGAGGUGUGUCUGAUGGUCGGCCUUUGGCGCCCCUCCUGAGACUUCUGCAGCAGUACCACCACGCCCCUGACACGCCCACGCCCACGCCACCACCACCACUGCCACCAUGACCAAGUACUUUGACUUCGUGUGGAGGAAGGAAGUGGAUUCGCGCCUACAGGAAGGUGCUGUGAUUGACCGGUGGACUGAGGACAAGGAAAGUUACGACUAUGAACCCAACUGUACCUUCAAGGUGGAUGAGUACGGCUUCUUUGUCUUCUGGAAGAGUGACGGUAGAGAAGGAAACGUGGCUGAAUUGUCUCAGGUUUCUGACAUCCGUAGAGGAACAUUACCCAGGGAUAGCAAGCUGUUGGAUAAGUUAUUAAACAAAUUUGGCCAAGAUGUGGAGGACAAGAUGCUGGCCAUUUGUUCGGGGCUGGAUUAUGUCAGCAUCAACUAUAUCAACAUUGUCUGCAAAACAAAAGAUGAGGCAGAUAUGUGGCAACUAGGUCUGCGGAGAGUUACUAAUAACAACAAACUCAACAACGUGUGCCCCAGAACCAACUUGAUGAAGCAUUGGAUGCGCCUUGGGAUGAUGGUGGACAGUGGUGGUAAGAUCCCUGUAAAACACAUUGUCCGAACCUUUGCCUCCGGCAAGACAGAAAAGAUGGUCUAUUCAUGCCUAGAAGAAAUGGGUCUGCCUUCUGGAAAGGGUGACAGCAUAGAAAAAGAUGCCUUCACUUUCGAGAAGUUCUACAAACUUUACCAUACUAUCUGUCCUAGGACUGAUAUUGAUGAACUCUAUACAAGCGUCACAAAAGGGGAACACGUCAGUCUAGCACAGUUGGUCAACUUUAUGAAUGAGAAACAGCGAGACCCGAGCCUCAAUGAAAUUUUGUAUCCAUUAUAUGAUGAGAAGCGGUGCAUGCAGAUCAUCAAAGCCCAUGAGCCUAACGAGGAGAACAUUGAAAAUAAGAGAUUUAGCAAAGACGGUUUGUUGGCAUACCUCAUGUCUGAUGAGAACGCACCUGUGUUUCUGGAUCGUCUGGACAUCUACCAAGAUAUGGACCAACCACUCUCCCAUUACUACAUCAACUCCUCUCACAACACCUACCUCUCUGGAAGACAAUUUGGUGGCAAGUCCACAGCAGAAAUGUACAGACAGACCCUUCUUGCUGGCUGCAGGUGUGUGGAACUUGACUGUUGGGAUGGUAAGGGUGAAGACGAGGAGCCUAUCAUCACUCACGGAAAGGCUAUGUGCACUGAUAUCCUCUUCAAAGAAGCCAUCAUUGCUAUUCGAGACUGCGCCUUUGUUACCUCUGACUAUCCAGUUAUUCUGUCCUUUGAAAAUCAUUGUUGCAAGAAACAGCAGUACAAGUUGGCCAAAUACUGUGAUGAGUAUUUUGGAGAUCUGCUUUCAAAGGAGGCCCUCCCAGACAGCCCUUUGGUUCCUGGUCAUCACCUUCCAUCACCUAAUCAAUUAAAGAGGAAAAUUCUCAUUAAGAACAAACGCUUGAAGCCAGAAGUAGAGAAACAAGAGUUAGAAUUGUUCUUGAAGGGUCAACUAGAUCUUGUGGAUGAUGAUGAUGCAAGGGAGGAUGCUUCUCAAGCCAACCCACAACCAAAGGAACCUAAGAGUAACUCGUGCACUACCAUCACCACCCCUGUGUCGCAGCCCUCGCUAGAAGAUGAUAAGCCCCUGACGGCCGAAGAGCGAGCCUUCCUCUACUACCAGUAUACAGGCGCCACCACCCACGUCCACCCUGUCCUCUCCUCCUACGUCAACUACUGCCAGCCGGUCAAGUUCCAGGGUUUUGAUGUGGCAGAAGAGAAAAAUGUCCACCACAAUAUGUCCUCCUUCUCGGAAACUAUGGGGUUAGGCUACCUCAAGACUCAGGCAAUUGAAUUUGUCAAUUACAACAAACGGCAAAUGUCCAGAAUCUACCCCAAGGGAGCUAGGGUCGACUCUUCCAACUAUAUGCCUCAGGUGUUUUGGAAUGCAGGUUGCCAGAUGGUGUCCUUAAAUUUCCAAACUUCAGAUCUUCCCAUGCAGCUGAAUCAGGGCAAGUUUGAGUACAAUGGGAAUUGUGGAUAUCUCCUCAAACCUGAUUUCAUGAGACGUACUGACAAGACUUUUGAUCCCUUUGCUGAGUCCCCAGUGGAUGGUGUGAUUGCAGCACAGGUUUCUGUGUCGGUGAUUGCUGGUCAGUUCUUAUCAGACAAAAAGGUUGGAACUUAUGUUGAAGUGGACAUGUAUGGCUUGCCUACUGACACCAUCAGAAAAGAGUUUAGGACGCGUAUGAUUCCUGGAAAUGGCCUUAAUCCCCAGUAUAAUGAGGAACCCUUCCUCUUUCGUAAGGUUGUGUUGCCUGACUUGGCUGUGCUGCGAUUUGGUGUGUUUGAUGAAAAUGGAAAGAUGCUGGGCCAGAGAAUUCUGCCUUUGGAUGGUCUGCAGGCAGGCUAUCGGCACAUCUCUCUACGUACUGAAGGGAACUUCCCCAUGUCACUACCUAUGUUGUUUUGCAAUAUUGAAUUGAAGAUCUAUGUUCCUGAUGGUCUUGGCGACUUGAUGGAUGCCCUUUCGGACCCUCGAGCCUUCUUAAGUGCCCAAGAAAAGCGUGAGGAACAGAUGAAGGCCAUGGGUAUUGAGGCUUCAGACAUUGAUACCAAGGCACUCAAGGGAGGAGGAGGUAAAGCUGGAGGUGCCAAGCCAGCAGCGGGUGCCAAGGCUGGAGCAGGUGGCAAACCUGGGGCAGGUGCUGGUGGAAAGAAGGAGGAGGAAGUCGUUGAAUAUGAACCCAUCAACCUUGAAACACUUAGAUCACAAAAGAAUUUCCUGAAAGCAACCAAGAAGCAGCAGAAGGAACUGGAAAGUAUGAGAAAAAAACACAUGAAGGAGCGUUUGUCUAUUCAAAAAGCACAGUGCAGUGCCAUUGAGAAACUGGCAAAGGGUAAAAAAGAUGUAAUGGAUGAUCCAAAAAUCAAGUCAUUAGUGUCAGAACAAAUGAAACAGUGGUCUGAGAUGAUGGAGAAGCACCGAAAGGAGGAAUGGGAAAUGUUGAAAGAACAUCUUAAGAGUCAGGAGGAUAUAUUAAAGAAGCUCAUGGAAGAAGAACAAGCAGGGCAAAUAAAGAAGAUGGAAGCAAAACAUGAACAGGACAUGAAGGAUAUGAAGGCUCAGCAGGCUAAGGCGGCUAUGGAAACAGCUAAAGAUGUCAAUCAAGACAAGACCCUUAAAACUAAAGCUGAUCGUGAUCGUCGUCUCAAGGAGAAAAAUCAAAACAACACCAAGAGAUUUAUUGAAGAACGUAAAAUUUCUGCUAUGAAACAAGGAAAGCAGAAAGAGAAGCUUAAGAAGGUUCAUGACCAACAGAUGACAGAGCUUACCAAAGAUAUUCAAAUGGCCAUACAGUUCUAUGAGAACACUGAGGCAGAGUACAAGAUGUGGAAUAAGAUGGAAUUCUUCUGUUGAGACUUGCAACAACUGCAUAUGGUCAUUCACACCAGCCUCAGCCUCCCAUCAUCCCCUUCAAAUAUCCUCUGUUUGUGUCUUAUUUCUGACAUCACAUUUCAUUAACUUUUAAGCUUUAGUAUGCAACAUUUCAUGUACAAUAAUUCUAACCAUAACCAACCAUAAGCCAUUACAUAUAAUUAACAUUAAGAUCCCAUAUUGAUCAGGGUACUGUAUUUAGUGCUCUUAAUAUGUGCAGCAUUUGGGAAUACAGUAUUCAUGUUGUUCACACUUAUAUAUUAUUUAUUGGAUCAUCUUCAUCACUCAACACUCGCACACGGAUGCAUUCACAAAUACAGUGCAGUACAUGUACUGUGUAUGGAUAUACAUAUACAAAUAUACACUAUAUUUAUCUUACCCUGAUUAAGACAGAAACAAAAUAUUUACAAUAAUUACAAGUUAAAAUACCAAAAUAAACCUCAUUUUUUGUUCUAAGUUUCUAAAAAUACUAAUAACAGAAGCACUUCCAAUUACAUUUUAGUAACCAGGAAACUGUAACUAUAAUAACACAUCUGUAGCUUCAGUCACACUAAGCAAAUACUGUACAUUACUUUAAUAACUAAAUCAGUUCAACAUAAAAGCCUUGCAUAAGUGUUUUAUAAUAAAGUUUCAGCUUAGAGUAGUAUAAAUGCUCAUGGGGUAUUUGAUGGAUAUUUAUAGUAGUUACCCAGUAGACACAAAUCAACUACCCCAUCUGACUAAAAGCGGGUGUUCUUUGGGCACCGUGAUCUGGUCAACAAUAAUAGGGCCUUUUGAAGAUGACCUAUAAUUGAUUGAUGUACUAUAUUGGCAAUAAGAUAUUUUGAUAAGAGCAUGUUAAUUUUAUUUGAUGUUGGUAAUUUUUAUUCAUGAUGAGGUUUUUGUUCUGCAAAGUAAAUUGUCCUAGAUAUAUUUUUGCCAUCAAGAGAAGGCUCGAGCUUUUGAGCAUUGGUCAGUAGUGAACAUUUUAUAAAGGCUUUAUGGCACUCUCAGUGUCUUCAUUACAUAAUUAGAUAGUAUUGCAUUUUCAUAAUAUUUUUUGACCAGGACUAGUUAAGUGUAUAAAGUUUUUAAACUUUCCACUUUCAUGAGCACGUUUCAGUAUUUUUUAAGUCAAAUCUAAAUAUAACAUACUGGGAUAUGUUAUAUACCGGUAAGUAAUUACUUCUAGGAUUUCCACUGGUUAGUGUACUAUGUUUUAUGUUGUCUAUUUAGUGAAUAUUUAUCAUUAUGCAUUCCUCUGUUAAUCUUUAGCGAGAUUGUAUGACAAGAAAAUUCUGCUUAGGAUGUUAUGAAAAUACUUUUAAUAUUUAUUAAUAUAAAGUAUAUAUAUAUAAUUAAUGUUAAAUUUAUUUUAAACAGUUGAGUAUUGUGACUUAACAGUAUGUUAUUGCAAACUGAUUCAUUUUCAGUUUUAGAUAAAUUUGCAUAUAAUGCUUUUGAUUUCCUGUAUGAAAGUGUAUGUAACCUCUAGUCUUGUUCUAGUCAAUUUGAUAAGAGUUUAUAUUUAGAUAAUAUUAUAUACAUAUAUAUACAUAUAUAUAUCUAUAUAUAUUUAUAUAUUCACUGCAUAUGUAAGAUUGCUUCCUCUGUAGUGCCAAGUAUUACUGUGAACAUGAAAAAUAUUAUUAACAGAAUCAGUGAAUGUGAUCCAGUUGUCAGGUUUUAAUAAGGUCCAAACUGCACCUGACAAUACAAAUAUGAUCAGCCUUAACAGUGUGUGCUAACAGAGGGUCAGUUCAGGUGAUUGAAGUAUUUUUAAAGUCCACAGUAGCUUCUUAAUUUUAUUUAUGUUCUCCUUUUGUAUAGUUCAGUAUGAGUACUAUUUAAAUAGAUAAAUCCAUUAUUGAAGUUAAUGGUUAAAAUACAAAAAAUCUUAAUGAUGCCUUUAGGGGCUGUUUCUAUAAGCAAAGCCUUGCUAUAUAAAUACAGGUAUUAGUGCAAUUGGCAAAAGCUAUAGAGUUGCAAUUUCCAUUGUUUUAUUUAUAUAAGAUACAUGAUAGGUGGACUGAAUUAUUUUCACCAGCAAAGGCUAUAUGAGCAUGAAAACAGUGGAAGAGACACUUGUAUGUGUUUGUGAAAGAUGAAAAUUUUUUACUUAUGGAAUCCUAUUCUUACUAUAGAUGAAUUACACAAGUUGAAAGUUUUCAUCUUGAGACAUACACAAGAGGAUGUCGUAUCUUGAUGUAUUUUGAACAGUAUUUACCCAUAGGCGAUUUUGCCAAUGUGCCAAAGAAUCAAAGUUUCCAUCCUCAUGGCAUAAUGCCCCUGGGCCGCAGAGUCAGCCAGUAUUUUUCUACCUUUGGAUAAUAAUGAGGGUAUUUUUAUCAUCGGUGUUUAGAUGGUGAAUUACGUCCAUUAAUGGUAUAGUAGAUAUUUGUUUUGAGUUACUGUAUGUAGAAGAAUGGCAACACUUUAAACCAUGGCAGAGUUUAGGCAUGAAAUAGGAAUUAUUUUAUGAAAAGAAGAUGGAAUAAUUGUGUUCUUUGCUUCUCGGAGUUAAUAUAUGACGCUGGUGUUGAUGCAGGUGCUCGCCAGUGUGUACAGGGGUGCAGGAAUCAUGGUGAGACCAUUUACAUUCAAUAACGUGCCUAUAUCAACUUGCCAUCUGUCAGACCCUGUACCAUUCAUGUUCACAUGCUGCACUUUACUUGUUUCAUCAAAAUAAUUAUACAGUACUGCACAUUAUCAGUCUUAAUGAUCAUAGAAAGCAAACAUUACAAAACAAUUAUGUGAUGGUAAUUUUGUGCUAUUGUUCUUUCAUUGUCGGAUAUAACAGAGUCAGUACACCUGAUCAUUUUUUUCAUGAAUUUUCAACACAAGUAUUUAUUUUUUCGCAAAAAGAUAAAUCAAAAUAACAAAUCAAAUAAAUUUGAGAAUUGCCAUUAAAUACUUUUCAUUUUAUUUUCACUAAGUUUAUAUGUUCUUCAUUUCUCAAUGUUGUUGGCAACAGCCUAGUUUGUCUUGAUCAACUGUGGAGGUUAUGCAGUGUGAGAAAUUACCAGCUUUCCCUUUCACCCAUUAUAAAUUGUUUUGUCACAUUCGUAUUAAAGUGCCACUAACAAGCAUUCAGAAACUCCACUUCUUUUAGAUAUUAACUCUGUCUUAAUUGUUCACCUUUAAACAAUUCUCCAAGCUACUGAUGCCUUCCUUUUUUAAGGUGUUCUUCUUGAUUCCAUCUUCAUAACUAUUGUACUUGCUGAAGCAACUAACAAUCUUUCCGUAUUUUUUUUCCUAGUGCAAACAAGUGGUGCCUGCUUGAUAUAUUAUCUGAAGCAAAUUUAAAUUCUUCAGUAGGCACUAUGAGCGUUAGUGUUGGGUUUUAAAAAUGAGGAAGUGUGAACACCACCAAUAGCCUAAUUGUUGAGGGAGGGGAAAUUUUUUUUACAUACCACCCACUGUGAAUGUAGAAAAUUGAUAGAUAACAAAUCUUGUGUACAAAUAAUAAAAAACAAAAUCCACGGGUUGAGGCAGACAUGAGCUCUGGUGGGAGAGCAGGUAACUUAGACUGAUGCCUUUAAUCUCUUAAGUAACUAUGGCUUAACAGCUUUGUAGUAGGAACUAAGUUUGUCUUAAUAUAUAUAUUUUGGCCCUUGUUGAGUAUCAGUGAAUCUGUCAUAGUAAAAACAAUAUUUUCCUCACUGUGUGUAAGUUCAGUAUGACCAAUGAAAACACCAUUUUUUGGCUACAACUUUGCAAAUGGGGAACCUGAUUUAUUGUGGAGAUAUUCCCUUAAGGUCUGGUCAAGAAAACUGGAUUAACAGAAUUUAUAAUUAACUAAUUUCCAUGGAUGAAAUAUUUGUGAAAAUUUUUCCUCUAACCUUACCUUCAGGUUAGAAAAAUUAAAGUAAAAUGUUAAGCAAAGAUGUGCCAUCAUGGAUGUGGGGAGUGUUGCCCAUAUUGAAAAUAAAAAGUUAUCAAAUUAUUGAGAAAACUAUCAUCAAAUACUAAAGUGACCAGCUAAUUUAUGUUGUACAUGUAAGUCAUAUGAAAUUAAUUAUCUUGCCUUUAUUGUGAGCAAGAAUAUCACUAAGAGGUGAUGAUUUUGCCCUGACUCUGUGCAGUACAGGACCAAGCCAUAAUACUGGGUCUUGGUUGUCCAUCUGUCCAGUCCUAUAAUAAAGUGCAGGCAACUCAUGAUCACCAGAAUGAUUCCUGUAUAUUGUUA